UAAUCCGUAUGUAGGUUUCGUUUUAUAUGCAAUUUGAAGUGAAUUCAGUAAUCUAUACCUGACUAUAUCAACGACUUGGUGCAAAAUUUAAGUUAAUUUAGGAAAAACAGAUAUUUUGUUCGUAACUUUUGGAGCAGCAUGUUGUCACCUCAGUCAUCAGCACACAAGAGCGACAGUGAUGAUGUGAAUCCCUUCAGAAUCUCUCAACACAAUCUUCUCCAGAUGAUGAACAAAGAUAAAAGUCAGAAAAAGCAGGAACACCAGAGAAAGUUGACUUUACCCGUCCAUGAGAAGGUGACACUUACAGGCCGAAGCAGGGCCAGACAAAGACUGAUGGAGGAACUAAAAGAAAGUAACACAACUGUCCCACACACUCAACAUAAGCUUCAAGACAAAUCUGCACAAAGGAUUUUUAUGAUCAAAGACCCUAAUAUUGAUAAACGAAGCAUGAAUGAAUAUAUCACGAAGAAACGUGAGCUGUUCUUAAUGGAGUACUCUCUGGCAGUAAAGAGAGGAGAGAUUCAAUACCUGGAGCAGAUGGCUGUAGAAGAAGAAAGGAAGUUGACAAGCGCUGAAAAGUUCCUGGAAGACAACACCAUUUUGUUUGAAGACUUUCUGAAAGAAAAUGACAAUAACUCAAUGGAAGCCAUUAAAAUGGCUGAACAGGAGACAAAAAUGAAGCUGGACAAAAUAGCUGAAAUCAAGAAGAUCACCUCCAAAAUAGUGUCAAUCAAGAGUGACAUCUCUAAGUAUGAGGACAUCCUAAGGGAGUAUAGAAAAUAUGAAGAGUUUCUACUAAUGCUGUCACAGCCAGAGAGAUCCAAGAGCGGAUACCUUAAUGACAUGAAAGCUAAGACUGAUGGGAAACAAAUCGAAAAGACUUCGGCCACUUCAGACAGCAGAUCUGGAGAAAACCAAGUGGUUCGUGAGCCAAAAAAGUCCGUCCAUCAGAGCGACAAAAUACCUGCACCUGAGACUGACAGCUCAGAUAAUGAGAAGGACCCAGAGCUGUUCUUCACAGAUCCUGAAGAGCUGCUGAACGUAAUGGCUGAACUUGAAGAGCAAACCCUUUCUCUCAUCCAGAACAACAGAGAUGCUGAAGAGUCUCUGGAGGAGUUCAGGCAGACCGCUGAGCUGACUAAAAAAAAAAUAGAGUCCGAGUCACAACAGCUAAAAGAGCAGAUUGAUGUCAUGACAGAUACAAUUCAGCGCGAAACCCAGAGAACAGCACAGCUAGAAGAGAAAUGCAAACUGUUUGGCUUUGGAAAGAACAAACCAGAGGAGCAGGACAACAGUUUUAAGUCACUGAGUGAUAAAGUCGAGGAGGUGUAUCGCUGCUGCGUUGGAGAAACUGCAGCAAAUCUUAGCACUCUGCAAAUGCUGACGAGCAUUGAGAGCAAACUGGUGGAGCUUCUGGACAAUGCAGAUAUGAUACCAAGAGACCGCAUGACUGUAGCUGAACGUGCCAAAGAGAAAGAGAGGAGAAUCAGGCUGCGUGAAGAGAAGAUACGGUUGCAGAUGAUACACCAGGAGGAAAGGCAGAAGAAAGCUAUGGAAAGAUCUAAGACUGAAAAAAAACCAGCAAGAAAAAAUAUACUGACAAAAAAAAGCUGAAAGUUGUCUAAUCAUUUAACUUUAUCAGACCAACUGUUUUACACAGGAUUACUCAUGAUGACUUAAAAACUUCUUAGUAGACCAAACUUUCUGAAUGACGCAUUAACAAAUUUGAUGGCAAGCACCCAAAAUAAAUCUUGGGCUGAAUCGUUGAAUUUUUUUUCCAUUAGUGUGCUUCACCCUCUUAACUACUAUAUUUGUAGCUGCAUAUUUUUUCUUUUUGAGUUAAAUUUUUUUCAUCACACCGAGUAAUCAUGCCAGUUUUGUUUCCAGACAAAGGUGUGCUCAGAAUGAGAGCCAUAAGACAACCCUGUUGGCUUGCUUAAUGGGAGACUGCUGACAUCAACUUAGGGUUUAGUAAACUCUGUUUAUAUAGCUUUUUAUUAUACAGUCUUAAGGCUUCAACUAUUUUUACUUUUAUAAGUGUAUGGUGGUGAGGUGCACUAAAUGAUGGUUUUACAUUGCUGUUUAUGGUAUUAUUGCAAAUUCAUUAUGUAAUGUAUAACUCAUGCUAUCAUGUAAUGUCGUUCAUUUCCAUAUAAAGCAUGUCUAUUUUAAUUUAACGUCGUCAUUUAUCAUAUUAAUUGACUAAACUCAUAGUGAAAGAAAGUAUAUAAUGUUUUCCUGGAUUAAUUCAUUUAUGAGAACAAUAACAUUUGCAAUAAUACCAU